AUGGCCACCUAUCUCGUAACAGGCAGUGCCCGAGGGAUUGGCCAUGAAUUGGUCCAACAGCUAGCGUCCAAGCCAGAAGCUGAGAUCAAUACUGUCUUUGCCACCUCACGAGCGGAAAACUCCCGUCUGAAAGAGCUGACAGAACGGUAUCCUGGUCGAAUCAUUUUUGUCCCUCUCACUGUUGGAGAUGAAGAAAGCAUGCGCUAUGCUGUGCCUAUUAUAGCAACUACCCUAAAAUACAAAGGGCUCAAAGGGCUGGAUGUCCUUAUCAAUAAUGCUGGAAUCGUUGGCAGUGUUUAUGCACAAGAAAUGGCUGACUCGGACGAGAUUUUCCAUGUCAAUGUUACUGGGCCUCAUAUGAUGAUCCAGCUUUUCUUGCCGCUUCUACGAAAGGGCAAUGAGAAAAAUGUUAUCAAUAUAUCGAGUUCUGUUACCAAAGCCGCCUUGAAUAUGUUGACGGUAGUAUGGUCUCAAGAGCUGGAUGAAGAGGGAUUUACCUUCCUAUAUCAGAAUCCAGGGUGGCUGCAAACCGAUGAGGCCAACGCUCAUGCCGAUCUUCCUGUUGGAACAGGCGUGGGUCAGAUAUUGGAAAUCGCCAGGAGAACUGGACAGGAGGGCAAUGGGCGAUUCUUAAAUAUUCAUGUGUCAGGUUGGGAGGACAAACCAGGUUUACACCAAUAUGAUGGCAAGGAUCUGCCUUGGUAG